GCCGCAGCCCCGCUGCUCCGCGGCCCCACCUUCCGCGCGCUUCUUCCGGGUGGGCUCGGGCGGGGGCCGAGGCCAUGGCUCUCUGGCCGCUGCUCAACUCUGGGAUGCUGGUGCGAACUGGGCACACCGUGCUGACCUGGGGAAUCACGCUGGUGCUCUUCCUGCACGACACCGAGCUGCGUCAAUGGGAAGAGCAAGGGGAACUGUUCCUGCCCCUCACUUUCCUGCUCCUGGUGCUGGGCUCGCUGCUGCUCUAUCUGGCUGUGUCACUCAUGGACCCCGGCUAUGUGACUACUCAGCCCCAGCCUCAGGAGGAGCCCAAGGAGGAACAGACAGCCAUGGUUCCUCAGGCUAUCCCACUUCGACGCUGCAGGUACUGCCUGGUGCUGCAGCCCCUGCGUGCCCGACACUGUCGUGAGUGCCGCCGCUGUGUUCGUCGCUAUGAUCACCACUGUCCCUGGAUGGAGAACUGUGUGGGUGAGCGCAACCACCCGCUCUUUGUGGCCUACCUGGCACUGCAGCUGGUGGUUCUGCUGUGGGGCCUGUACCUGGCAUGGUCUGGUCUCCAGUUCUUCCAGCCCUGGGGGCUGUGGCUCCGAUCCACUGGGCUCCUGUUCACCACCUUCCUGCUACUCUCCUUCUUUGCAUUAGUGGUUAGCCUGCUCCUGGCCUCGCACCUCUACCUGGUAGCCAGGAACACUACUACGUGGGAGUUUAUAUCCUCACACCGAAUCGCCUACCUCCGCCAGCGCACCAGCAACCCCUUUGACCGAGGUCCGACUCGAAACCUGGCCCACUUUUUCUGUGGUUGGCCCUCUGGGCCCUGGGAGACCCUCUGGGCUGAGGAAGAGGAGGAAGGCAGCAGCCAGGUUGUCUAGGCUUGCUGGAGAGAAGGCUGUUACUGUGCCUAAAAGCCGGAGGCUGUGCCAGCUAGGGAUCAGCCCAGUCAGCCUAAGGCCUCUACUCGUUCCUAGGGCUUCCAGCCCUCACCAGAGAAGCAGAAAGAACCCCCAUGGCAUCCCCCUAGAGGAAGACAUAGAAGAAAAGGAAAUAAGUUGGGGGAAGUGUGUUCAAAAAGAACCUAGACACCACCACAACCCCUGGCCUGGCUACCUCGAGUGUACAGUUUUAUUAAUUUAAUACUCUAUAUGAAGUCAAGUAUUAAAAAGAGAAACCAAC